GCUUUAGGAGUUGCUAUUGGGAAAAUAGUAACACGAAGAUGUUAGACACUCUGUAUCUAGAUUCAGCUCCACAGAUGUCAGAAAGUGUUGAUGGUCUCAUUCUGCCCUGAAAUAGGAAGAUGACAGGGUUUCUCGAUAGGAAGGGAAUGGGUAUACUCAUACAUCUUCACAAGUGGGACAGAGAAUACUAAUUUUCAGUUAACGUUCAAGCCAAAUUUAGUGGGCUUUUCCAUGAAUGUUAUUGAACCACACUCUGCAACUGCAUCUCAUUCUGGCUCCUUCAUCAUGGAACAAAAUAUGCAGUUGAUCUACACAGUUGAAUUUUAACAUUGUAAUGAUAGCCCAUCCAAAAAGUAAAACAGCAACUCAGAGACUGCUGAGAAAAACAAACAAGAACAUUACACAGCUGAUGAACCUGUGAGUUCAGAAUUAUUAGUGACACACAGGAGCUGGCUGACACGCCUCUCAGACAUCCCUCCAUUCAUCAGGCAGACAGUGAAGCCAUCCACGCGCUGUUAUGGAUGUGAGACGUGUUCCUGGGCAGUCAGCACUGCCAGUGCUGCUGCAGCUGCUUGCUUUUCCCCAGUCCUCUGGGGCAUGUAUCCCACUGGUGGUGUGAUACUGCAUGUCUGUGUGUGACAGUGCUGGGCUGCACUGCUGCCACAGUCUGACCUUGGAGUAGCAUUGUUUAGUGCCGGUUAAAUGCUUUUCUUCAGCAGGACAAAUCCACACUGAUUUGACUGAUCAGUAAGUAUUUUUCAUUGGAGCUGUAGGUAGGUGUUUCAGGAGCUUAGGACCAUCCUGUUGUCCUUCCUCUCUUCUCUCCCAGCCAUUUAGGAAGUCAUCCUGUGAGAUGAGAAGGGGACCAGCUGUUAGCUUGCCAGGGCCAUGCAGCUGUGGUGGAAUCCUUGUGCCACCAGUAGGACCAGAAGCAGGCUGACCAGCAGCAGCAGAAUGUGAGUCAGGUUCACCUUGCUCUUAAUCCAUGUGAAGAUCUGUUGGAAACACCUUCUAGAAACCCAAGAGUUUUCAGUCUCCUAAUAAAUUCUGUUGUGUCCAAGAACAGCCUGUCCAAAUGAGCAAGACAUCCCAACAGAACAGCACCACAGAUGCAAGCGGAGUAAGUGUGAUUCACACCCAAGCACACUCCAGUGGUUUGCAGCAGGUUCCCCAGCUGGUGCCAGUUAGUCCUGGUGGUGGAGGCAAAGCUGUGCCUCCGAGCAAACAGGGAAAGAAAAAUUCCUUUGUGGAUAGAAACAGUGAUGAGUAUCGUCAGCGCAGAGAGCGAAACAACAUGGCAGUGAAAAAGAGCCGCUUAAAAAGCAAGCAGAAAGCACAAGACACACUGCAAAGGGUCAACCAGCUUAAAGAAGAAAAUGAACGUUUAGAGGCAAAAAUUAAACUCCUGACCAAGGAGCUGAGCGUACUGAAAGACUUGUUCCUUGAGCAUGCCCACAAUUUUGCAGAUAACGUGCAACCUGUUGGCACCGAGACCACCACAACAAAUCCAGAAAACAGUGGACAGUAGACACCUGCGACCUUAUGAAACAGACUCUUGAGGUGCAGCUUGUCUGCAGUGCCCAUGCAGUAACCAAGCAAAAACUGUACCUUCAGUCAUUGUUUUGUGGAGAUUUUCUUCUUUAAGAUUUAACACUGAAGAUUUGUAACAAUUAAACCAGAAACUGGUUAGGGUAUUUGUUUUAAAUAUUUUUCUCCUCAAAGAUUUAUGCAGAUCUGAACUCAUAGCCAACAAGGAAUGUAAUGUUUAGGAGAUAAUAACAUUUUCACAGGAAUAUUCACUUACCAUUUUAGACUUUGCAUAAUGGGAGGAAUCCAGCAGGAUGGCUCACUGUAGUAUCAGAAAUUUGUAAUUGGAUAGAAUGUCUUUUAAAUACCUGUUAGUGUAUUUUAGCCCUUGGUUUUCUCCAUUACAUAUUACAAACUGCAAAGGCUGUGGAGAAUUUUUGCUUUUUAAUCUGUAGAACAAGUCCUGUGAAGCACCAAGUAGGUCCCUCCUGCCCAGGUAUAGUUAAUGGGGAGGUUGUAGUAAUCAUAGUGAGCUGGGAUGCUUACUAGUGUUCACCAGAAAAAUAACAAUAUGCUCUGAUUUGUACAGGCAGUUGGCAUCCAAAUGGCACGGGAAGCAUCAUGUACAAGAGGCAAAGCAGCACACUGACAAAGCUUUUUAUUUAAGCUUGUAUUCAUAUUGCUUACAUAGUGACUGGGGCCUUAUGAGAACAAAGAGUUUGUUUCCAGAAAGUUUUGAAAUGCUACCAAAAAACUGUGCCCUGCAAAAUUACAUUCUUGCUGGGAAGGAGGUAUUGGGGAGAACAAGAAGUGCAGCGUGGCUUAGCAGUGAAAGGGGCAGGAGAGCAGGUGUUCAGCUGGGUUGUAUGGAUCACUGCUGGCUGACACUAAUCUUACAGAAAUUUACAGUGAUUUUAAAAAUAAAUGGCCCUAGUAUGAAAAACGGAUUUGGUGGAAUUUCUACAGCCAUCAUACAGCUGUGUGAAGGAGUAUCUUCAGUCGUGUUUUAUUUCCAUAGAAAUUUUUCUGUAGCAACUUUUUUAUUGCUACUGCUUAGACCUUGCCAUGAUCCAUAAUGCAGUGCUAUGUGCUAUAUUGAGGAUUUAAACAAAGUAAAGCAGGAACUUUGAUGUAACUUUAAUUUAUUUUCAUUUUAAAAUAUUUCAUUGAUGGUAUGGUUAUUUUACAUUUAACCUGUGUGUCUGUCUUGUAGAUUACUACACUGUCUUAAUUUCCCUCUUACACUACCUUUGUCCAUAGAUUAUUUUGGAGGAUGCUUGUUUGCUUUGUAUUUGUACUUAGGAAAAAACUUGGAUGUUAUCUCUAUGAAGAUAUUGUUAGAGAAUGAAACCUUGAAAAGUUCUUUUUUGAAUUUAAACUUUUAAUACAUUUGGAUAACUUUAAUGGAUUGUUUUGGAUUGUGUUAGACUUUUUACAGAUAUGUUUUUUCAUUCUAACUGCGUCUGAAGUUGGUAGGGUUGAAAUACCAGAAGCUAAUAAAAAUGUUUUG